CUUCCUUUCCUCCAUUAGCUCGCAAACAUGGGCCGUCGUCCAGCCCGCUGCUACCGAUACUGCAAGAACAAGCCCUACCCCAAGUCCCGCUUUUGUAGGGGUGUGCCUGAUCCUAAAAUCAGGAUCUUUGACUUGGGCAGGAAGAAGGCCAAGGUGGAUGAGUUCCCCCUGUGUGGUCAUAUGGUCUCUGAUGAAUAUGAGCAGCUGUCUUCAGAAGCCCUGGAGGCGGCCCGUAUCUGUGUAACAAGUACAUGUGAAGCCUGUGGUAAGGAUGGUUUCCACAUCCGAAUGCGUCUGCACCCCUUCCAUGUCAUCCGCAUCAACAAAAUGUUAUCGUGUGCUGGAGCUGAUAGGCUCCAGACUGGAAUGCGUGGUGCUUUUGGUAAGCCGCAGGGUACUGUGCCCGUGUGCACAUUGGUUCAGGUAAUCAUGUCUGUGCGUACCAAGACCCAGAACAAGGAGCAUGUGGUUGAAGCUCUGCGCAGAGCCAAGUUCAAGUUCCCUGGACGCCAGAAGAUCCACAUCUCUAAGAAAUAUGGCUUCACCAAGUUCAAUGCCUGUGAUUUUGAUCAGAUGAUGGCUGAGAAGCGUCUGAUUCCAGACGGCUGUGGGGUGAAGUACAUCCCAAGCAGAGGCCCUCUGGCCCGCUGGAAGGCUCUUCAUGCUAACUAGAAUUGCUGCAGGGUUUCUGUGACCACAGUACAGCGCCAAUAAAGUGGGUUUGAUUACAAAAG